ACUGUAACAUUUACAUUCAACGAGAAAGAUACAAAUAACCUCCGUAACGUUUUGUAACAGUUGCGGGAAACCGGCGCAAAGACAUUCAGCUACAAUCAUGCCUAAAAAGAAGGACAGUGUUAAAGGUGGCGCUCCUGUAGCUAGAAUUCGAGAAAACUCGAGACUUAUGCGCACGCACGAAUCUAUGGUCGAUUUCAUAAAUGGACGUCAUUCUGGAGGCUCUAUCCUGGAAGUCUUUGCCUCUGGAUUAUUAGGUUUAGAUUUUUUAAGGACCUUUGAUGGUGAACUGGAGGUCGACAUCAUUUAUUCUGACGACGACUAUAAUGAUCAAGAUGAUGAUCACUUUUAUGCAAAUAAUGCUGCUUACAAGCCUUUAGAACCACAUCCGCGAAUAAAACAACUCACUAACGAGGAGGCUGAUAAACACGCAAAGGAACUGAUAGAAGAAGAGGAACGACGUAAGGAGAAAACUGAGAAGAACAAGCGUAAGAAAUUGCGUAAAAAAGAAAAGAAGCGGUUAGACAAGGUGAACGCAGUAAAAGACAUUUUACCUGAGGAAGAAAACGGGGAGUUGGACUCCUCAGAAAUUCAGGAGGAAAAUCCUGUUUUUGAAAGUAUCGCAGAAGCAAAUUAUUCUCGUGAACCUGGGAGAACACGGAGUGGAACCGAGGCGGCUGGAUGUGACAAGAACAAUGCUAAUAUUAAAGAAACUCCUUGCGAGAUUAUUACGACCAAAGAUGGGGAGCAAAAGGAUUUGGUUUUAAAUAAUUCGUAUGGUUCAACAAAAUUAGUGGCUGAGGUGGCGUGGAACGAGAGACCUACGAGGGAAAAGAAAAAGAAAAAAAAUAAAUUACUGGAGGCUUCGCCGUCCAAGGAGGAAAAGCCCAAAGUUGUGGAGGAACCUGAAGUUCAAAAGAAGGAAGAGAAACAUGAACCCAAUAAAGAGGAGAUCAUGAACCCCACUUCAGAAGAGUUGGCCAAAAGAAGCCAAGAGCUCGCUGGUAUUGGAAAUCGUCUGGCGGCCUCCGGACAGUACGAGAUGGCCGUGAAAUGCUUCACCGACGCCAUUAAGUACAACCCGCAGGAAUUUAAGUUAUUUGGAAAUCGGUCCCUGUGUUAUGAAAGAAUGCAGCAGUAUGAAAACGCUCUCGGGGAUGCUGACCUAGCGCUCUCCAUGGAGCACAACUGGAUGAAAGGUUUAUUUAGGAAAGGAAAAGCUCUCUGUGGGCUCAAGAGAUAUUACGAGGCCUCGCUGAUCUAUAAGGAAGUGUUGACGCUGGAAAGUUCGAGCGCUGAAGCCGUGCAAGAGCUGAAACGAGCGCAGACCUUGCACCUCAUGGAAAUGGGAUUCACCUGGACGCAGAGCAUGGACGCCUUGAAAACGCACGCCACGUUGGAGCAAGCCGUGGAAGCGCUGUUUGGUGACGAACGUGAUCCGGGUCCUGGAGAUGCCAGUGCCGGUUAUGACAUCACGGACCAACCGGUGGUGCAGGAAGAAAACGAAGACGCGGGAGAGUGGAUUGUCCUCCAGACGAGUCGUCCCAGAAUGCAGCAGGUCAAAGAGUCCGACGCUUUUGCUCAAAGCCGAUCGAAAUCGCAGUCUCCGACGAAUUCUAUGAAACCGGAUGUUUUCUCCGUCUGGGUUGGAUCGUUGGCGCCCGCCGUCACCUACGCGACGCUCCACGAGCUCUUCAGCAGAGUCGGGACGGUCGACAGCAUCAAGAUGCUGCUGGAACACCAGUGUGCCUUCGUGAACUACACCAGAAAAGAGGACUGCGACCGAGCCAUCCAGUGUAUUAACGGGAUGGUGGUAAAGGGCGCUCCGCUGUCGGUGCGAUUUCCCAGUAAAUACCACACUGGACUCGGCAGAUCGGCUCCCUCGGACCCCUUUUCACGCCUCGGCCUGUACAAGAAGGAGUGCUUCUUCUGGAGGACCACGGGCUGCACGAGGCAGGACUGCACCUUCCGCCACGUCCCGGAGCACAAGAACCUCGACAGGGACAAGUUCACCAGUCGACUGGGCGGUAUCAACCUGUAGGAACUCAGAAAUGAGAAGCAUGCUUCGUUUCCUUUUUGACAUUUGGCGCCGCGGUGGUGCCGAAGAGAGCUGCGAGCGGUCGCCUCUAAUUCCUCUCGUUUUUUGUUUUUGUGCCGUCUAAUUGUGUUUUGAAUUCUAUUGCAUUGAUGGAAAUGUUUGCACCACGUUGUUAAGAAAUAUAACGGACGCAUUGAACUACGUCAUACUACUGCAUUUUAGUAAUAAUGAAUGUGCACUGUACUUUGAGCAUUCCUUUGCGAAAGGAUUUUGUCAGGGAUUAUUUUUGUUCAUCUAAUCUAUUUGAAGAUUGUGUUAAAACUGUCGUUUUGUUUUAAAAAUUGAUUUAACAAAUCUUUUUUGUUUUGCGAGUCACCUCUAGGUGGCGCUGUUACCUUUUUAUCCCUCAACUUUGGGGCCGCAAACUAUUCUGCUUUAGUUUUAAAGGCUGUGAUUCACGAGUCGUAUUGCUCUCGGCACAUUUAUUGUGCCACGUUUAAUUCUGAAACUGCUCUGUAAAUCUCUUGUUCGUUUGAGUUCAGUGGUUAUGCAAGUCAUAUUUAAAAUGUGUAAUGCUGCGUCUGUUGGAGGAUAAUAAGUGUUGUGAUGUUUGGACACACGCUGUCAUACAAAUAAGUGCCUUUAGUAGCACCGUGGCUGCAGAUGACCGUGAGUCGGCCCAGAGGGAAUUAAAGCCUCAACUCUAAGUGUUAAUGUCUCGCCGUACAUGAAUAUACACAGUUCAAGACCAAAGACGUGAUGCAGGCGGACCAGUGCUGAUGGGCCUGGAUAGGAGUCGCUGCAAAGAAUACUAAAGUCAGCUUCACAAAGCUAAAGCAUGUAAUUUGGGAUAUCACGAUGAGGUUGGAGGAAGCCCACCACUAAAACAUCUGCACGUUAAUCCCUGCAGCAGCGGCGGUGCUGUGUCCCAUGUCUGAUCGAGACGCUCUCGUCUCAGGUCGGCCCGAGUGAGAGUAAAGUGCCGGUUAAAUUCCUGGAAAAAUAACUUUUGUCCCUGAGGUUUGCUCUAAAGCGAGGCUCUUCUAAGCCUAAAAUGCCUCCCUUCAAUCUCCCAGGUGGCAUCGCUUCUCCUGCUAAUGUGGGUGGGAUUUGUGCAGAUCCCUCUCGAGCACAGCAGGCUUCUGAUUUGACUCGGGGGGGGCAAGUUCAAGGUCACCUCUUUGACCCAAGUUAUGUCAUGUUUGCGGUGUGAAUUACAGAAUGUUCCCAAAAGAGCUGAAUAACAAUUUACAAAAAGAAAGGGGGAAAAAAAGCUGUUGAAGCAGUGGAAAAGGCUUUGUCUCGACCUUCCAGGCAGAGCAGCUGUACUCGUGGGCAUUAAUUGGCUGACGGUGGCAUACCUCACAAAGCCCUCCUGAUCCGUGUGAGAUUUGAGAGCAUGAAAGGCUUGUAAUACUAAUAACACGAACUCUAGUUGAACCCAUAGAAAGCAGGGGGACAUCACCAACUUGCAAAAUGGGUUUAUAUUUAAUCGUAUCGGCCCGCUUGGCUCUGCUCCCGCCAGAACCCUGUUAAGACGCAGAUAAAGACCGAUAAGAGGUUUGAGUUCCACAUCCCGGACGAAGCCGAUCCCUAAAGCAAACACCGGGAAGAUGAAGUGCGUCUUGUUAAAAAGCUGCGUGGUUUUGCGGAGCUUUCAACAGAUUUCUCUUCCCUCUCGACGGGAGAGAAGAAAAGAGAUCGAGACAAACACAGUAACAGAUGUGACAUGUUGCUCUCCCACUCCUCUUUUGAUGUAUGUAUGGCGAUGCAGCAAAAUCCCCCUCUAGAGAAGUUUUGAGUCUGAGUAAUUGAGUGCGUUGCUUUUAGGGCAGGGAAACGUAAUCUAAUUGUUAUUCUAAUUCUUUGGUUUCUCCCCGCUGGUAACUAAACUAUUGAUGUGAAGUGAGGGAGUGCAGCUGACUCGCGCUGUAUAUCUGCCGUCUGGUUUGUUUCUUAGGAAGCCAGAAUAAAUGCUCUGCUGCAGCUUUGCAGCCGCUCGGCUCCAACUUCAUAACCGUCGCAGCAGCUGCUGCCGUUUGAGUGUCCUCCUUUUUUUCUUUUCUUUUUAAAGGAAUUCCACUUCAAACAUAUCUGUGUGUAUUACGGAGCAACAAAGAUAUCAUCCUCUUUUUAAAUUUAGCUUUCCUGGAAACUAAUUCUUUCAAGAGGGGUUUUUUAAUACCCCAUAAAGGUUAUUUAUCAAUGCAGCUCCAUGAGCAACAGUUUGGGUUUAUUUCACCAGAUCCAUCCCUGCCUGUGCGCUUGUCUCUGGGUAACAGUCGACUUUUACCGAUGUUUGAAUCUAAAUCCUACAGUUAUAGGGUUGUUACGGAAUGCCGUUAGUCAAAUGAAAUUACAAGAAAAUUAGCUUUGUGUGUUUGAAUCUUUUCCCUCAACUUAAAUUAUUAAGGAAUAUUUAUUUAUUCAUAGAAUAACUUUCAAAAGUGUUUUUACAAAGUCUCAUCUUGUCGUCUUUUUCAACACUUUUCUUUAACGUUACAAUUUCCAGCAGAAAUCCUGACUUCCUCAAUAUAAAAAAACAUUUUGAAGAAUUGAGAUUUGCUUGUAUUUCAAAAAAGAAAGCACCCAAGAUGACCAAUAAUUUCUCUGCUAAAGUGACCAUCCUAUUUAUUCUGAAAUGUCAAUGUAUAACUGGACCAAACUGAGUGAGCUGAGACUCACAAUGGGGAGGCAUCUGCUUCACUGCAGUGUCUUCCCUUUGCUGGAGUCCUUUGUUGCACUGUGAAAUGAAUACAGUAAUUGUCACAAUGAGAAAUUGACCUUCCCUUUUAAUCUAGACGGAGGCCCCCUUAACAACCCAAUUAGGGAAUUGAUUGCUUGCUUUCAUAUUCCUCAUUUGCAUCGGGGUCAUACAGGGGAGAUGAAUGAAUGUCUCGUCUUUUGUCCGCACUGUCAUUCUCGGUCGUGGAGCCUCUCUUGCCAAGAAAUUAGCUGCAGAAAAGUCUUUUGUCUCGCGUUGAUGGAGUCAUCGCUGAUAAUCUGCUGUUGAACACCUCCAGGAUGAAAGACCUUCAGGAGAUUAAUGCCAACUACUUCACGAAUAUAGAUGUUCUCACGUCGCCGAGAUAAUUUGAUGCCUCAAUCUGCACAGCUGUACUUUACCGUCUUAUUACAGGUUUUGAAUGUGAUUGUGUUGAAUUUCUUUUUUAUGACAAACUUAAAUGACUGAAAAGGCCCAAAUCAACAGUUCUUUAGUUCAUUGCUGACUUCUUUCCUACUCCUGGUUAUAUUUUACUUUCUUUAAAAAAGGCUCAGCUAUUUCCUAAAACAUCUGAUCACUGUAAGCUUUCCGUAAACACACAUAGAAGUAAAUAAUGCACAUGUUGGGGAGUAUUUUCAGCUGUGGAUUAAUACAUAUUUAGUGCGCUGUGAGUAUUUACGAUGCACGAGUCAAAUAAAUAGGCCAUUGUUUCAAGGAUUUGGAGAUUAUUACUCUGUUGUGUGUUCUUGCAUAACGCCUUUUGUGAGCUCUGAUAAAUGACCUCAAGUGAUGUCACUCGAGUCGGCUCCUCAUCUCCCGCUCGCAGCCCGGGGGCCACAAUAGUUUCUACUAGCGUAACACGACAGAAUCGUCAACCAAACUGGCAGUGGCCAGGUUGCAUUGUGGGUAAUGUAGGCUUGCUAUUUUGACAAUGAACAAUGAUGCAGGGAACAAUAAGCCGGAUUCACAAUAAACCCUUAUUUAAAAAUAACCAGGGUGCAGUUCUCUGUAAUCAUUAGAGAGACGCACAGCUGUGUGACUUGUGUGUUCUUAUUUUUUGACUACAAUGGAGCUCUGUUGCAGAGGAAUAAGAUAUUUCUGGCUCUGGAUACACAAGCAGUACUUGUUAGUUUGAUCUGUUGAAUUUAGUCUUUUUUUUAAUGGCAUUUGUUGACAAAAAAAUAAAAUAAUCAGAUGUAUCCUGUUUUUUUAUUAUUAAGUGAACCUGAAAAAACACUGAUGACAUCCUUGUUCUCAUGUUCAAUAAAAUGGUCCGCAUCCAUAAUGUACA